AUGGAAGAUUUGGGCCAUGAGAUGCCUCAGGGAAGUUCUGGUUACAGAGCAGAAGGCAAAUUUCUCAGAGAAGAAGCAAGACCCAGUCCGGCCCUGUCCUGGGUCACGUCCAAGCCAUGCCGAAGCAUUCAGUUAUCGUGGAGUGUGUUGGAGGGCAUCCAGCUGUCCCCAUGCCAGCAGCCACAUGGAAACGUGGAAGCAGAAGACCAUCUCUUGUUGGUACUUCUCCUCUUCCUUCUCUUUCUCUUCAAAACGGCCACUACUGAAGACCCAGCUUCCCAUCUUCCUGACAUUUUCUCUAAAACUCUCUGCCAUGCCAUACGGAUCUGUGCUGCCAUUGAGGAUUCCGUUAAUGAGGUCCCUUUUCCUAAAGGAUUGGGCAGGAAAGUGGGAGCAAAGCAGAGAGAAAGGGGAAGGCUCUCUAGUCCCGUAGUGUCAGUGGGCUCCUAG